AUGCGCAGCCUCACUCUGGGUCUCAGAUCCUCUUCUCUUCCAUUCACCUGCAACUCCUCCUUCAGACUCUGCAGGCGAUUCCAUUUCCUCAAGCCAUGUUCUUCCCUCAAACAGACGAAGAAGAAGCAGCAGCAGCAGCAACAGUCUCUCCGCGCUCCUCCUCCCUCCACCGCCCCUCCUCCCCAGAGUCUCCGGUGGUUCUUCAACCCCAAAUCCAGUGACGACGACGACAACGACAACGACGGCGAACCUAAAUCCUCCGCGGCUGACGAUGGCGGAUCGGAAGGGGAUGCUGCUAUCAAGGGUACGAUUUUGGCCGGCGUUUUGUUGAUUGGUACUGUUGGUGGAUUCGCCGGCGUUGGCUACGUUUACAGAGACCAGAUCAAUACGUUUCUCACUCAGUUCUCAACUCUAAUCGAAGGUUAUGGUCCGGCUGGGUAUGCACUGUUCAUCGCCGUGUAUGCUGGGCUUGAGGCAAGCUUUUUGAGAUUCUUCAUAUUUUGCUCUUGA